CUGGUGCCCUGUAGUCUAUGUGAGGUGCGGCUGGUGCCCUGUAGUCUAUGUGAGGUGCGGCUGGUGCCCUGUAGUCUAUGCUCUUUUAACGAGUUAUUUACAGACAGCAGUGUGUGAGGUGGUGUAGUGAUCAGUCUCAACACGUCCAUCAGUUGACGGUCCAGGAGUGACCACACCAUGUGCAGCAGGAGGAGCCGUAGUGUUGGGAAAGCACCUCGCUCACUACAGUGUCAGGAAGAAGAAGAUGGUCAUGAUGAGGUUCUUGGGUCUCAAUUGGAAAUGGAGUUGAAUCGCAGUAUUGAAAAAAUGAGGGAGGGAAGCGCUAGCAACUUGGCACAUGAAAAAUUACCAGAGGACUCCCAUGGCAGUAGUGGUCAGAACAGCAUAAGCAACAGUUCACAACGAAGAAAUGAUUCUCCCUCAGCCCUUCACAACCGCACAGGGGAGCUACUAGAAGAUAUAGAGAUGCCUAAUAUAAGCCUUGGCUACUGGGAAAGUUCAGACCUAGUAUCUUUAUCUUCUGCUUCACCCAACAGCCCUAUGAAGAUUUCUGAUUGUUUAACAAUUGGUUCAUCAUACAGGGUGUUAGCUGACAGCAAGACAUUUUUUUCUCUGGAAGGAGCUUCUUCCCCAGGACAGAUGGUAACAAAAGAAAUAGAUGUGUUUAUGAAGGGGACUCCUUCCACUACCUGUGUCAGUAACUUGAUCACUGUAGAUGAUGUAGAUACAGCUGUCUCCGAUGUUGGAGUAAUACAAAAGGAUCCACAACUGGAUGGCUCCUCAGACAGCAAAGCUAGUAAUGAUGGGCAAGGGACAGAGGAUGCCAAAAUGACCUCCUCACCACUGAGCUCUCCCCAUCUACAAAUGACACUUGGAGCAGGCCUCGAGUUACUAGAUAUUGACAACAUGAAUGACAGCCUCCUCACUUCCUCCAUUAUUGAAAAUUAUACUACAGGGAGUAAGGAAAAGACUCCUGAAACAUUCAUGUCUUCACUACCUCCCGCAGUGGAUAAAAAGUUUCAUCAAGCCAAGCUGAAUAUAGACACUGUGGAUGAUAAUGAUACUUCAUUCUCAAGUGGAUUUUUAGCUGAGGCUUGUGACAUCGUGAACGAGUUAGACAAUGUGGCCUCCAAUAUGCCAUCAUCAUUCCUCAACUCUUCUGACCGACGGAUGACACUUCAUUCAUUAGAUAUGGAUGCUAUGAAUGACAGUCUCCUCAAUUCUUUUUCCCUGGUGAAUUCUCCUGUCAAGAAAGAUCAUCUUCAAAGUGAAUUCAUCUCACCACUUUCUGCUGCAGUCAUUCAAAAGAAAGACCUGGAGAUAAAAUAUGAAAUGACUGAUAAGGUGAACUACUGCACUGUUGACGGUGGUCCUAUAGUUGUAAGUGGCAUUGAUGAGAAAACAAACACUAUUACUUCUACUCUGAAAACUAAUAAGCUGGUGGAAGGUAAAGACAAUAAAGACAGUAAAGUUAGCAUUGAUGAUAAAGAAAGAAAAUGCUUAAACUCAACAUAUGAUCAUCAAGUUAUUCAGCCAGUAUUGAACUUAACUUUUGAUAAGCAGUUAGAAAACCUAGCCUCCAUUGCAUUUGAUGAGGUGAAUCCUAAUUCAACAUUUGUAAAGAAGGUUCAGGUUGCCAACAUGAACAGAACAUUUGAUGGAAAAGAUCUUCGGACUGUAAACUCCGUAGAUGGAAAGGCUUGCAGUCACAAGAAAGAAGAUCAGCAUGCAAAUACCACCUUUUCUAAGCCAUUGGAAAAUGAGGAGAAUGAGCAUGAUAAACUAAAUGUAACAUUUGAGCGAGGAGAAUAUAAAAUUGCUUCUCUGAAUGAGACUGUGAACUUAAUGGAUGCUGAGGGGGAAGUCUUACAGUUAAUACUUGAUUCAACUCCACAGAAGGCCUCUAAGGUUGCCCCUGACACAAAUUUCACUCCCAAAUGUGCAGACAAGCCAUCAACACCAUCUGUUAAACGCAAGAUGAAAGAUCCUGCACAACCAUUUCUUCAUCGAAUAUCCUUUAGUGUAAGAGGAGAAGCUCUAAGUCAAAAACAUGAGGAAUGCCAGCAAAAUUCAUCAGCACAAGCUUCUAAUGUCCAGUCCAUCGUCCAAGGAAUGAAGAUGGGCUCUGUAGACCAACAAUCAGUUGUGACUCAGCUGCGACGCCUCCAAGGUGGAACAUCUGUUCGGUCAGGACCUAUGAGGGCUUUACCAAUACAAUCCAUGGCAGCAGCUCAUAUUGCAGAGAAAAGACAGCAUUCUGGUGGUACACCUGAUGGUUUAGAAGAUGUGAAGGGUGUGAACCAUAGAACUCCAGGCACCUGUGAUGCUGGGAGCCAUGUUGCUCCUUCAUUUGGUUCUGUUAGUAGCAUUGAAAAUGAACGUCCAGGAACUCCAGACAUUGGCGUGAUAACUGGAAUUGGUAUGUCUACACCAGACAACUACCGAUCCGAAGGUCCCAGUAGUGGACCACGCAUUACAAGCACACCAGCAAUGAAAGGUGCACCAUUCUCCUGUGUUGUAGGAAUGGAUGGACCAGCACCCACCCCUAUAUCUGCUCCUUCUUCACGGUUACGGAUGGUCAGCAUUGCUAGCACUGCUUCUUUGCCUGAAGACCAAAAUAUUGCAGAUAGUCCAGCGUGGCAAGGUUUCUCCCAAGAGUCUUCUGAAGACGCCAAGAAGACAAAAGAAUUCCAAGUUCAGAUACCGAGCAUUUCAUCAGAAAAUCCCCAAAAUGUAAAGCAGUCUGCAAAUAGUCUCGACUCAAAUAUUUAUGAAGGACCAGAUGAUGAAGCUCUUUCAGUGGAGGAAGAAGACAAAGGCAGUGGGGAAGCUGGUACUGGAGCCUCAGGUGAACAAGGAAAUGGUAAAGAUGAAUAUUAUUAUGAAAAGGCAAAUGUUAAAAAUUCAGAGCAAGAUAUAAUGGAUGAAGGUACUGCUAAUAAGAGCAAUAUAAGUAAAUUUCCAAACAUGAAUAUAAUACAAACAGUUGAGUCUCAUCAUAUGUGUGUGAGUGUUAGUGAAGGAGAGCCAAAUUUAGGCACUGACCUUGGAAGUGAACAUCAGUUAAAAUCUGAACUGACAGUUAACACCCAGAAUAUCAAUGUUGAGCAAAAGAUGAUGUCAGAUGAUGAAGAGGUAUCAGCUUAUGAUGAUAACCAGAAGCAGGUUAAUGGUGCUUGUAAAGUUAAUGGCAAUAAGAAUACUUCACAUUUAGAAUCAAAGUUAAUUAAAUCUAUGAACGUCACAGCCAGUGUCGAUGAGAAGCUACCAGUGGCAACCAGUGUUGGUGAGACAUUGUCAAUAGAGAUUGAUGUUGAUGGGAGCCAACUUGUGGAAAAUGGUAAUAAUGUGCUGGUUUGUUCCAAGGAAGAAGUCAUUGUGACAGAUUCAAACAGUGCUCAUGAUGGUGUAAAACCUAAUCUAGAGAACAAAAUUAAUAAAAGAGAACACCUGAAAAACACUAGAAAAUCAGAACAGAGUUUUGAGAAAAGUAAAGGAACAAAUAAACAAAAUUAUGUAAAAAGUAAGCAGCAAACUGUAGACCGUAACAGUUCAAUGUCUGAUCAGAGUAUCUCAAGUGUUUCACAUGUUGCAGUUAAGAAUAAGAGUAACAAGAAAGUAAAAUUAAAUACACUUAACAAUAAAUUAGGCCAAGUUAAGAAGUCACAUCAGUCAAGAGUAGACACAAAAGAUGUUCCAGAUAAAAAGAACACUAGUAAUUCUUCUAUUGCGAGUGUACAAUCAGGGAGAGAAAAAAUGGCUAAAAAGACUAAUUCCAUAUCAAGAAAGAGCAGUGUUAGUAAGCCAGUACAAGCAGUCAACAGAACCUUUGAAAAAGAGGGUGAUAAGGAAAAUAAUAGCAAAGGUGUUGCAGUAAGAGCUAGGCAAAUUUCACCUCAGAUUAUAAAUGGAGUUUCUGCACAUCAGACGCAGAAAAUUCCACCGUCUCGACCUGUCCUGAGGCCUUCCAGUUGUGACAGUAAAACAUCUUCAACUACUCGGUCUGUAAUCUCAAAGAUUGUCUUAUCUUCUAAAAAUGUUCCUCUAAAGCCUAAUAGGAAGGCUCCUGUAAAAUCUAAUCUCAAACUUUCAAAUGGAGACUCUGGCAGUGAACAGAGCACAGAUACAGUGAAGAAACCCCAAAUCAUAUCAUCUGUGCCUCAAAAUGUUUUGCCCAAAUCCAUCUCACCUUUGAAGGAGACCACAAAUUCUACCACAGGCCAGAGUAAACAGUCAUCAUCAGGAAUACCAAAUAAAGGAAUUUCAAAACCUCAGAUUACAGCAGGAUUAAAAUUACCAGUGUUAGUGAAUCACCAUGCCAUGCUUCCAAGUGCAAAUGCAGUAAUAAAGAAUAAGGUCUGGAGUAAGUCAGAAACAGAACCUCAUGUUAGCAGUAAGUUGCCAAGGAGAGGCACACUUGUUACUCCUACUGCGUCUCAUAAACCCUCCAGGCUCAGAGCUCCAAAAACUGUACUUCCUUGAAUCGUCAAUGGGCAGCCCAUUUCAUAUUCUUGAGUGUAUUGCUAUUUGUUACUCUAUCAUUUAUGCCCACACUUUCCUGAUAAGAGAUGGGAUUGAUCAAUAUUUAUAACUUGUACUGUACUUCACUUUUUAUAUAUACCCUGUGCUGUAUAGGAAAGGGUCAGUUACUAUUCUGUACUGUAUUUAGAUCAUUAUGAAAUGAUGAGAUUAUACUUGUAUAGUAGAAUAUGAAAGACUUGACACUUCAAUAACUCCAUACAAGACAAAUUUUAUGUUGGGUAAUUGAUCAUGAAAAGAUUUUUGUAAUACUGUACUAAUAAUUGGAAUGAUUUGCAUCUACGGCCUGGGUGGAUUAUGUACUGUAGAUAACUUACUUUAAGCAUAUUAUUUAUUGAGUAACUACUGUACACAGAUAUACAUAGAGUGAGACAUCAAUAUUUUAAUUCAUAUACUGGUGAUAUGGAGAAAAAUAACCUAAUAAUAUUAGCAGAGUUAAUUUUAUAUUUAAAUAAUGUAUAUAUAACAAAGUAGAAAGCUUAAUAAUCAUUUUAAUAUAUAGAUAGUACUGUACAGUAUAUAUUGAUUAUCUUCAAGCCUGGGACCAGAUUUAAGAAUUUUCCAAGUUUGGGUAAUAAUAGGUCUAGAAUAUACAAAAUAUCAAAUAAAAUAAAAAGUAAAUAUUAUAUGUUGAAUUCUAGAGCAUGCAGGCCCCAGAAAGAUACUGUAUACAGGAGGUCCCUGACUUAUGAAUGCCCGCCGAUACGAACGGGGUUAAACUUGAAAUUUACAGUACAGUAUUUUAUUUACUUGACUUAUUUUUUACUCUCAUUUACUGUAUUUU